CAUAUCUAAUAGCCACACAAAACUGCAAAACAACCACUUAAAACUGUCCGCCCGCCGGCGAACGCCAUAACACGCGCCAGUUCUUCACCACCAUUUUUCAAACCCAGAUAAGCCUCCCCCAAAAAUCCUAUUCCCAAUUCAAAUACAAACAUACCCACAGCUAAAAGACACUUUAUUUCUCAAUAAUUCAUCACAAUUUGACCUCCCAGUUCAGAUUUUUUCAUAAAUUUAUCAUUUUUAUUGAAGAACUGGUACUAAUUUUGCGAAUGAAAGUUAACCUGCAGAAGAAGUUACCAUAUUUGGAGUCUGCAUGAGUAUUAGUGAGAAGUUUUACUUCAAGUUUGGGCACUUGAAGCUGUUGAAGUUGAGGAAACAAUGGUGUCAGUAUCACUCACUGUCUCUAGUUGCUCUAAUGUUAAUUAUGUCGUUCUUACUCGGCAAGCCUCUUUAUUGGCAGUGGAUGCUUCUCGAAUUCGCUAUCGCCUCUCUUCUCGGAGAUGGCUGAAUUUUGGUUCUGCUUCACUUUCUUGUAGAUUCAGUAAUUUUAAUUCAAGGUGCUCAAUUACAAAUUCAGACAUACAUUGUAGUCCUGUUCUUACUGAGGAUGAGGUCUUACAACAUGUAUCAGAAGUUGAGCCGGAUUGUUUAGCGCCUAUUGUUCAUAUUAAAUCAGAUAUCCUUGAGGCUGAACCUCUGAGUUUACUGACUGAAGCAACUUUUGUUGACAGUCUUUUGACAGCAUUGCCUGUUUUAUCAGAGGAGGAACAGAAUGCCCUUGCAGCCAUUCCAGCUCAUCCAGAUGGACUAUACGCAUUUUAUGCUAGUUACUUGGCUGGAAAUUUAGUGGAGCAGCUUUGGAAUUUUGCUUGGCCUUCUGCUAUAGCUUUGAUACAUCCAAGCCUUCUACCAGUGGCAGUCAUGGGUUUCUUCACCAAGCUUGCCAUGAUUGUUGGAGGUCCUUUGGUUGGAAAACUUAUGGAUUAUUAUCCUAGAAUACCAUCUUCUAUUAGUUUAAACAUAGUCCAGGUGGUUGCUCAAUUAUUAUCUGCGGCAAUGCUAAUUCAUGCACAUAUGGUUUCUCCUACUUGUGUGUCAUCGAUUCUUGUCCGUCCAUGGUUUCUUGUACUUGUUGUAGCUGGGGCUAUUGAGCGGCUUUGUGGAGUAGCAUUGGGAGUAGCCAUGGAGCGUGAUUGGGUUGUUCUGUUAGCCGGAAUAAAUAGGCCGAUAGCAUUGGCACAAGCAAAUGCUGUUCUUAAUCGAAUUGAUCUUCUGUGUGAGAUUGCCGGAGCAUCAUUAUUUGGCAUUCUUCUCUCCAAGUAUGAUCCUGUGACCUGUUUGAAGAUUGCUGCUGGUCUGAUGAUAUGGUCGCUGCCAGUUAUGAUUGGUCUCACAUUACUGACCAACAGGCUUUCUACUGGGUCUCUUGAUACUAAAUCUUCCUAUACCUGCUGCAGAGAGUCAGAUGGAGGAGCUACUGAUGUUGAUAGCAUAGUGGAUAGAAGUCUGGAGACAAUCAAGCAUGGGUGGAAAGAAUAUAUGCAGCAGCCAGUUCUUCCUGCAAGCCUUGCCUAUGUCCUCCUGUUCUUCAAUGUCAUUCUUGCUCCAGGAAGUUUGAUGACGGCGUUUUUAACUCAGAGAGGAGUUAAUCCUUCUGUUGUUGGAGGAUUCAGUGGAUUAUGUGCGGCUAUGGGUGUUGUGGCAACAUUCCUAUCUGCAACUUUGGUCAGACGGCUAGGAAUCUUAAAGGCUGGGGCAGCUGGUUUGGUAUUUCAGGCUCUACUUCUCACUUUAGCCGUUGCUGUAUAUUGGAGUGGCUCUAUUUCCCAGCAGAAUCCCCUUCUCAUUUUCUUGGGAUUGAUCGUUUUAUCAAGGUUAGGACACAUGUCAUACGAUGUUAUUGGUGCACAGAUUCUCCAGACGGGGAUCCCAUCAUCGAAAGCAAAUCUUAUAGGGGCAACAGAAAUUUCUGUUGCAAGUAUAGCAGAGUCUGUAAUGCUGGGAGUUGCAAUAAUUGCAAAUGAUGUUUCACAUUUUGGAUUUUUGGCUACAUUAUCACUUUUAUCAGUAGUCGGUGCUGCAUGGAUGUUCUGUCGAUGGCUGUUGAAUCCGACAGAAGAACAAAAAAGCCUUUUUUCCUUUUCUAAAUUAUAACACACAGUUUUUUAUUUCCGAGUUAGCACACUGCAAGGAGCCAUUUAGCUAUAACAACGAACCAUGGUUUCACCAUUAUUAGAAUGUAUUUCAUAGCAUAUCCAGUACCUGUUCUGCGGAAAUGAAGUCCGAGGUACAUUCUUUUCCCAACCAUUUACAGCUAUCAAUUCAUAACUAAUUCCUUGAAUUGCACGGCAUCAUUGUAAAUCCCUUUAUGUACUGGACCAUGUAGAUGAAAGGUUGAAACAUGUUCUGUUCCCAUUAAUGCUGGCCCUUUGCUUGUACAAACACUAUUAUAUUUACAGAUAUGUAUAGCAUUUGAUUUAUUUCAAAA